CAAGCCUGUUUUUGUUCACGCAGCCGAUAACGAUACUAACUAAGCACGCCGCCCCAGGCCCGGUCGGGCCGGGAGGCGUCUGAUGGUGCAGCAUAUCCCUCAAGAAAGAGACGACCUCCUCUGGGCAGUCGUCGCGGUGCUCCUGGUCGUUCUGUUCGCCACUUCCAGCUCCGACGAGUGUGCGACGCAAGGCUUCCAGGAGGCCGUGGGACCAGGCCCGACGGUCUCCUUCGUGGCGGGCGACACGGCGAAUCUGGCGGCGCUGUUCUCCAUGGGCGUGCUCUUCCAGUGCUCGGCGCGCUACCUCCUGUCGAGCAAGGCGAGGUCGUAUGCGUCGCCGCCGCGUGAGCACGGCCGUGCGUGGGCCUGCUGCUGCCGUCCCUGACGCCUCCCUCCAUGUUCCCCCACCCUUCCCGCGCGCCUCCCUCGCUCGUCGCGCGCCCCCCCUCCUCUGCCCAGCACGGGGCGGGGAGGGCGGGGAGGGCUGAGGCCCCGCCCCGCCGCGAGACGCGCCCCUGCCGCCACAUGAGCGCGGGCCUCUUCGCGCGCGGGCAUGUUCUGUCUUCGUGCCCGCGGACGUAGCCGCCAGCGAGUGUCGUGUCAGGCCACCGCCGAAGCAGGCCGUGCGACCUCGCGCGGGCGGCGGGGAGUUCCCUCUUCCUCCUUACCUCCACCUCCGCACCUGCUCUGCGCAAGCAAUUUGCGCGACCUGACUGGCUGGCAUGCGUUUGGCUUGUCGCCUGUUGGAAUGAAGUAAUGUUCUAACGCGCUCUCUGCGCAUCGCAGCCCAAUUGGCUGGAGUUUGUCGCGUCGACGAGCAGCUAUGGACGCGAGUAAUUUGAUCCGCGUCCGCGCGACUGGAAGAUUUUGAGUUGAUUCUGGUAUUUCUCUUUGUAGGUCAUCAGGCAAAGCAGGCGCUUUCCUGACAAACGAGUCC